AUGAUAAGACAUAGAGUUACUAUAUUUAAUCCUACCGAUUCCAAUGAAGAUGUUAUCAAAUCCGUGUCUUCCAAUUUCUUGGAAAUUCCACCUCUAAAGGGUUUUCCUAGAGAGGACAAAUACAUAGUCCCCAGUACAACACCACUACCACCUACCAUUAAACUAAUUAGGGUUCAGUGGCGACUGAAUUUUGAUUACAAUUCCCAGACCAAUCCACUUUUCAUUGAAGGUCAGACUCAGCAGCCUGGCCUAUUGUUGUAUGUGGCGCCUUCUGAAAAUGUUGUUGACGCCGAUGAAUUUUAUCAAGACAUCAACGAAUAUAUUUACGAAAUCUUUAAGUUAAAGGUAGACUUCAAUUGGGUUGCAAGUGCUACAUCUGUCUUUAUUUCUAAUCAAGAUAUCAAAGAAUUACCGGUUCAAGUAAAAGAUUAUACCAAAUCUGUAUUAAAUUUGGAAAAUGAAGAGUCCUUGUCGUCGUUGUUGGAUAAUACGUCCAAUCUUGAUAUUAUUAUAAAGAGUGAUUCGACCACUGUGAUGACAUAUUUGCAAGACACAUCAUAUUUGCCAUUGCAAAAGUUCACAGUAACUUCCCCAUCGAUUAAACAUGAAAUUGGAAUAUUCAUGUUAGAUAAGGAAAUCACUUCUGUGGAUGAUAUAAUGCUCUCUGGUGUUAGAUUUGUGAUUGACCCACUGGAAAGUGACUCGCCAGACGAUAAACUCCACAAGACUUUAUUUCAUGUAAAACCAAGACACAGGUAUUUCCCUUCUACCAGAUACAAUGUUGCCUUAGAGGAACCAGUUGGAUUACAUCCAACUUUACAAUUCAAGUUUGGCGAUUUGAAUUUGGAUAUCGCUAAGGUAGCUGAAGGAACUGAUACCGAUAGUUGUAAAUUAUUCUACUACCAAUUAUUACCUAAAGCAUUUUUCAUAGAUAAAUAUCAGUUGCCAACUCAAUUAUCUUUAAUUUCCAUCUAUGGAGAUACAGAUUUGGAAGCACCUGAAUAUAAAAUAGAUGGCUGGGGGGUAGAAGCUCUCUUUGAAGUUAAACAAUUACAGGAUUUUGAAUUCACUAUGCAUUCCAGGUAUCAACUACCAACUGAGAAAUCAUCGGAAUUGGAUUACGUUCCUAAAGUCAUCAAUAAACCUUCCAUUUUCUAUGCCUGCAAUGUGCAUGAGGAUGCUAAUUUGUUAAAGACAUCCCCCUUUGACUAUACAGAUUCGCUUGCUGAAAACAUUGGAGGUUACCAAUCUUACUUUACAGAAAAUACGGCAUUUUAUCAUCUUACUCAAGACGAACCGGAAAACAGAUUGAUUAUUAACAUUCCAAGAGGAAAGGGUGAUAUAUAUACAGUAAAUCAAUUGACCUUGAUGGCCUUAGGAUUGGGUAUUACCUGGUUGACCUACAAGUGUCUAUUGAUUUUCACUGGACGUAGUAGAAAAGUUACAAAUGCAAAAAAGACAGAAUAG